AGUAAAAAAGUUGCUGUGCAGACUGCAGAGACAGCUCGGCGUGCUUGUCGGACUGGUCUCAGGAAUGCAGCUGGAAGAGCUGCAGACGGACGGAGAGCUCAUUCCUGCAGGCGCGUCUGGGCGGUGAGAGCGCCUUCAGGACCGGAGCUCCAACCAAAACACCGGCCACCUUUACGGAUUACCACAGAGAGCUUCAGCCACUCCGUCCUCAGCAUCACCAUGGGCUGGAACAAGGUGAUGUGGGGAGCGCUAGGGGCGGUUGUCGUCAUCACCAUAAUAACAAUCCCGGCUGUCUAUUACAGCAAAUCUGGAGUUACCAAAAGGCCUUUCACACUUGAUGAUUACUUCAAUAACACCAUUAGGAGGAAAUCCUACAAUUUGUACUGGAUAUCAGAUCAGGAGUAUUUACACAAAUCAAGUGAUGGGAGCAUCUUUCUCCACAAUGCUGAAACAAGGGAGGAGUCACUAUAUUUGAGCAAUUCAACCUUUGCUAAAGUGAACGCCACUGAUUACAUGUUGUCAGGUGAUUACAAAUACAUUGCUUUAGAAAGCAAUUUCACAAAGAAAUGGAGACAUUCGUACACGGCCUCGUAUACCAUCUUUGACCGGGAAAAGUCAACAUAUGUUACAUCAGCAAAUCUUCCUCCUGUCAUCCAGUUCUUUAUCUGGGCAUCAAAAGGAAACCAAUAUGCCUAUGUCUCAGACUUCAACAUUUUUUUAAGCUCCGGUGCCACUACCGAAGCUGUACAGUUGACACACAAUGGGAAAAAGAAUGAGAUCCUUAAUGGCAUUCCUGACUGGGUGUAUGAAGAGGAAGUAUUUGCAACAAACGGAGCCAUAUGGUGGUCCACAACAGGAAGGUUCUUGGCUUAUAUUGAAUUUAAUGAUACUGAAGUUCACAAAGUGGAGUUCCCUUGGUAUGGAUCUGAGCAAUAUCCCGAAACAGUGGCUGUUCCAUACCCAAAGGCUGGAACAAAUCUUACCAAGGUGAAAUUGUUCGUGGUUGAUACCACAAAUCCGUCGCUCCGCUCCCUCGUGUCCCCCCCUGCUUCUGUUGCCUCAGGUGAUCACAUUUUGUGCUCAGUGACCUGGGUUACAGACGAACGCGUCGCUGUGCAGUGGCUCACGAGGAAACAGAAUCAUGUGGUCGCACAGAUCUACGACUUUGAUGGAAGUGCUUGGAAUGAGAAGCAGAAAUUUGAGCAAACAAGCAAGACAGGCUGGAUUGGUCAUUACGUCCCCCUGCCUCUUUUCUUUGCUGAAGAUAAGCUCAGUUUCUACAACGUGAUGAGUGACACUCAGGGCUACAAACACAUUCAUCAUGUGAAAGAUGGCAAAGCAACACCUGUUACCUCUGGGAAAUGGGAGGUUAUCUACAUAUCCAAAUUAACAAAGGAUGCCAUAUAUUUUGUGAGUAAUGAAUAUAAAGGAGAGCCGGUCAAAAGAAAUCUAUAUAAGGUUUUGAUUGGAAGCAGCCCUUCAGCCCCCCAGUGCCUCACCUGUAAGCUGCGCGAGGACAGGUGUCAGUACAACUCAGUUUACUUCAGCUUUGACGCCUCUUUCUACCGAGUGUACUGCAAUGGACCUGGACUGCCCCUCUACAUGCUCAUGGACAACAGAGGCUCAGGUGCAGAGCUCUCCAUUCUUGAAGACAACAAGGAUCUGGGAAAUAUUCUGUCCCAGUUCCAGCUGCCAACAAUGAAAUAUGGCACGUUAAAGUUUGCAGGAUUUGAUCUUUGGUAUGAAAUGAUGUUGCCACCAAAUUUCCAGAAGUCCAAAAAAUACCCACUUCUUAUAUACGUGUAUGCUGGCCCCUGCAGUCAGAGCGUGAGCUACCAGUUCAAGCUGAACUGGGGCACGUACCUCUCCAGUUCACACGGCAUCAUCGUUGCCAGGUUUGACGGAAGGGGAAGCGGUUACCAGGGUGAUGAAAUUAUGCAUGCGAUCUACAGGCGCCUCGGGACCUAUGAAGUGGAAGAUCAGAUAACAGCUGCCAGGAAGUUCAUUGACAUGGGUUUUAUUGACAAAGACAGAAUUGCAAUAUGGGGUUGGUCCUAUGGUGGUUACGUCACCUCAAUGGUCUUGGGUGCUGGGACCGGACUCUUCAAGUGUGGGAUUGCAGUGGCCCCAGUAGCCAAGUGGGAAUAUUACGAUGCCGUGUACACUGAGCGCUACAUGGGCAAGCCGUCGGAGAAUUCAGAAGCUUACAAAAAUUCCACUGUCACUUCCAGAGCCAAGAACUUCAAAACAGUUGAUUAUCUGUUGGUUCACGGCACAGCAGAUGACAAUGUCCAUUUCCAGCAGGCCGCACAGAUCUCCGAAGCUCUGGUGGACCAACAAGUGGACUUUGAGGCGAUGUGGUACACUGACAGGGACCACGCCCUCAGUGGAUCGGCCAGCUAUCACUUGUACACCCUCAUGAGUCACUUCCUGCAGAAAUGCCUUGUAAAUUAUAAAUAAAUGUGAAAAAAUGUCAAUGUGCAUUUUUUCUUCUUCCUUUUUUUUGUUGCCUUGUUUUUGUAAUCUCAUUGAUGUUGUGAAAAGUCAGGUCAACUCUUUAUAUUUUUAUGUACUGCAAAUGUAUCAGUGCUCACACGACUGUGCACUUGUGUGUGUGGACUUGUAUCACUUUCUCAAACAAAAGCCAUUGCAUGCGUUUGUGGUCGGAAAUGUUUCGUAUGUGAAUGUGCUGAUGUUUGGCAGGUGUGUUACUCUGCCCAGAUUUGUCGUGGAGUGGGUUCAUCUGUUGUAAUGUUCUGAUCAAAUUAAAAUAAACAUUGUU